CACAGAAAUGGCAUCCGUGAAAUCUAUCGCUACUUUUCGUUUGAGACAAUAUCUUAAAGCACGUGCAUUUGAGGUUAUGUUGACAUAAUUGUGAUUUUCUUCCUUGAUUACGGCAUGGAGGUUCGUGUCUCUUAAGAAAGUAGACGUACAAAUAGAAUCGGUCUACGAGGUUAUAUCGCCAAAAUGUUUGUUCUCGCGGAAUUGAAAGAUACGGUCAGAAUUCCGCCGUGGGAAUUCAAACGGAAAUUGAACGAUGCGAUUACCGAUGAACUUAACAGGAAACUCGCCAAUAAGGUGUAUCUGAACGUAGGACUUUGCAUCGCUCUCCACGACAUCACAAAAAUUGAGGAGUCUUACAUAUUUCCUGGCGAUGGAGCGUCGCACACUAAAGUAAUAUUUCAAUUUAUCGUGUUUCGUCCGUUUAUGGAAGAAAUUUUAAUUGGAAAAAUACGAAGCUGUAGCGUCGACGGUGUCCACGUAACGUUAGGAUUUUUCGAGGAUAUCGUAAUUCCACCUAACAAAUUACAGCAUCCAUCUAGGUUUGAUCAAAUGGAACAAGCAUGGGUUUGGGAGUACGAUACAGGGGAUGGUGAGAAGCAUGACCUAUUUAUGGAUGCAGGAGAAAUUAUACGAUUCAGGGUAGUGAGCGAAACUUUCACAGAAGCAUUGCCUACAGGACCAAAUGUAUCUGGGGAGUCUGUCGAGCAAUCCGAUGCUAAAAAUAUAUCUCCUUAUACCUUAGGGGGUGCCAUCGACGAACCAGGUCUUGGGUUACUUACGUGGUGGGAAAAUACCUAAGAGUACAGAAAUAAAUUUGGAUCAAUAAAUUUUUAUUUCACAGCA